UUUAUAUGCGGUUUUCUAGUAAUGGGUCCGCAUAAUAAUUUCUAUAUUUAUGGUUUAUUGAAUCUCAUUACACAUAGGAACCUCUAUACACGGACAGAAUGGAAGAUAGGUGAAAUAACUUGGCUGUUAUAUGUUUGGAUGCAGCAAGGUGGUAAGGCUAUUAAUUGCACAAGUGCUUGCUGUGAUUUCUCAGAAGUACAAGUCUGCACUUGGAAGAUGCAAACAAGACCAAGAAGACUCAUGCUAUCAGGAGAUGCUUCACUAAAUAUCAGGGAUUUGUCAUACAACACAGGACUGACUAUCCCCCUACCGCCAUCAAUUGGGAGUUUGAAGAAGCCGACGAAUUUGUGAGAGUGUAAAGCUUUAGUACAAUGGUUGCCUUAUUCAGAUAGACCUAGCUGGGGCAGCUGGAAGUAUGCUCAAACGUACUACUACGGUGGGUCGAUUGUCAGUUUAUAACGUGAUUCUGCUAUACAUUUGUGCUUCUCUUGACCAAAUAAAUAUGAUGGAUAGCAAAGUGUUGAAUGUUGGGGAGGAGCUACAGCGUGAAACCUUACCUCUGCAAAUGGGUUCUCGCCUAUACCGAUUAAAUGGACUCAAAUCAUCUACUUGGUAUGAAGUGAAGAUAUCAUAUCCAGCUUCUAUUCCCGCCAGCUUUUCCAUUCAACUGAUAAGAGACAAAUCAGAUAUUGGGCACAACUGGAAUAGAAGAUUACUCAACACAGAGAAACUGAUUUUUAAAACUGACAGUAAUGAUAUUCCUAACCACCAGGUUCGAUUAAAUGUUGUUGUAUCUGUGGAGCCUGCUGGAGUUGUUGCCAUUCCUGGCGUAAAGGAGAGGGAGCUCGUCUUAUUUAAUAUAGUUUGUGAUGAGCUUCUACUUGGAAUCCCACACAAAUCUAUCUGGGUUGGAGUGCUGGUGCUUGUAUGUUUAGGGGUUGCGUGCAUUAUUCCAUCUUUUCUUCCACCAUAUUUACUAGCGAGGAAAGAAAAAUCAUAGCUUUGCAUCAGCCAACAUUGCUCCUCUGUAGUGUAGUCUCUUCAUAGGUUUUAGUACAUCAUUGUCAAUGGACAUGCCGUAGCAGUUUCCUUGUAAUCUAUUGAACCAUAACGGUGAAUUUAGAGAGCGAAUUGACAGAAUUUUUAACAAUAGAUCUCUUUUCAACUGGUCAUACCAGUUUUCUUGUUUUCGGAUGCUGUCUUGCACAGCUAAUGCUGCCUUUGAUCUUAAAAAAAAAAUAACAGUGA